GAGUACAGGGCUAGAAAAAGUCAGAUCUAUACCACAUUGUCAGGUUGCUUGUACAGAGGAACAUCCCAGCUCCUGGCACAGACUUCAUCCGGUCUUCCUGACGCCAAACCCCUUGGACUGUUUUGAAGGGGUGAAGUAUGCAGCCCAGCUUUAUCGCAGUGGUAAUACUGGGGGCAGUGUUCCCCCUAAAGGCUAUUGGGUUUACCCCUAUACACCAGGAGGGGUAUUGUUCAGUGUAUGCUGAGUGUGGCAUGAAUCCAGAGGUGACUAACAGUCUGAUCCCAGCUAAUACCCCCUGUGUGUCCAAUACAAGAGCCAGGAAGCUGAGUGGGGCACAUCUAUUGCGCCUCGGUACUGUCUGCCCCAUGCUGUUCAAUGGAGAAAAUGAUACAUAUGCCUGUUGUUCUUUGGAUCAAUUAGCAAGCCUCGAGAAAAGCAUAGGUCUUUCUAGGGUCAUCUUGAGUCGAUGUCCAUCAUGUGCCGAAAACUUUGCCAACAUUCACUGCCAGAGCAUUUGCAGCCCAAAUCAGAGCUUGUUCAUUAAUGUCACUCGUACAUUUGCUACCGCUGUAAAUGGGAAUCCUGAACUGGGUGUACUGGAAUACCAGUGCUUCUUUCACCAACAGUUUGCUGACAAAUCCUUCACAUCAUGCCAAAAUGUGCGCUUACCCGCCACAGGGGGAUAUGCUAUUGAUACAAUGUGUGGAAGAUAUGGAGCAAAGCUUUGCACCAGUCAGCGCUGGCUGGACUUCCAAGGAGACAUCAGUAAUGGGUUGGCACCUCUAGUCAUCGAUUUCAGACUAAUAGACAAUGGCACUGAGGUUGGUGAUGGUAUUGUGCCACACAACACCAAAGUGUGGAGUUGUAGCGAAGCCCCAGACGGAGAACCAGAUAAUACCUGUACAUGCCAGGACUGCAUAGAGUCAUGCCCCAAGAUUCCACCACUAGAACCUCUACCAGAACCAUUCCAGCUACUGACCAUCGAUGGAUAUUUGUUAGUGAGCAUUGUGGUUUUUAUCAUUUUGGUAUUUUUCUUUUUUGUGUUCCUGGGUAUAGACUGUGCCUCAACCACGUGCAAGAAACGCAAAAAUAAAGAAGUGCCACGCGUGGUAUAUGCUGAUCUGAGUUGCUCAGAGAAGGUGAGCUUAUUGACUAAUCGUUCCAUGGAAAGAACAUUCCGGUGGUGGGGCACUCGCAUGGCAUAUUACCCUAAAACAGUCAUCUGUGUCUCAGUAGUUGUAAUUGUCGUACUUUCAGCUGGCAUGAUCUUAAUUAAGUUGACUACAGAUCCCAUAGAAUUGUGGUCAGCACCCAACAGCCAAGCUAGACAGGAAAAGGACUUUCACGAUUCAAAUUUUGGACCCUUCUUCAGAACUAACCAGCUUAUCAUCACAGUGAAGGAUCGCCCUUCUUACACCUACAACUCUCUCUUCUUUGGGCAACUGAACUUCAGUGGGAUCCUUUCUCCGGACCUCCUUCUGGAAAUGCUGGACCUUCAGACCAAACUGCAGAACAUUGAAGUGUGGUCAGAGAAGUAUAAGAAAAAUGUAACAAUAAAAGAUAUCUGCUACGCACCCCUAAACCCAACAAAUGCCUCAGCGUUGGAUUGCGCUGUCAACAGCUUGAUGCAGUACUUCCAGAACAAUAAAACCAGAUUUAACAUGGAGGUGACACAGACGGUGUCAGGAGAAACUGGUCGUGUGGGAUGGAGGGAUCAUUUCCUGUACUGCGUCAACACCCCACUGUCAUUUAAGGACAUCACAGACUUGGAACUGAGCUGCAUGGCGGAUUAUGGUGCCCCGGUCUUCCCCUUCCUUGCUGUGGGAGGGUAUAAAGACAAAAGUUACUCUGAAUCAGAAGCCCUGAUUGUGACCUUUUCUCUGAACAAUUUUGCCCGUUCUGACUCCCGGUUUGACUAUGCAUUGCUAUGGGAACAAAAAUUCCUUGAUAUCAUAAAAGAGCAUCGAGAAAACCCGAAGAGUAACCUUAGCAUCGCAUAUAUGGCAGAGCGAUCUUUGGAGGAUGAGAUCAGUCGAACCACCACCGAAGACAUUCCCAUCUUUGCCAUCAGUUACGUGGUGAUCUUCCUGUAUAUAGCACUGGCCCUGGGGGAAUACAGCAGCUGCCGGAGGGUGCUGGUGGACUCAAAAGUGACCCUUGGCCUUGGGGGAAUACUGGUGGUCCUAGGGGCUGUGUUCUCAUCCAUGGGCUUCUACUCUUAUAUUGGUGUGCCAUCCUCUCUCAUCAUUGUGGAGGUCGUGCCUUUCUUGGUUCUGGCUGUGGGAGCCGACAACAUCUUUAUCUUUAUGCUGGAACUACAGAGAGAUGAGCGGAAGGAGGGUGAGCGAAGAGAGGAGCAGAUCGGCAGGGUUCUUGGCAAUGUGGCCCCCAGCAUGUUACUGUGCAGCCUCUCGGAGUCCCUUUGCUUUUUCCUAGGUGCCCUCACACAGAUGCCCGCGGUUCGUACCUUUGCCCUGAAUGCGGCCCUUGCUAUCCUGUUUGAUUUUAUACUCCAGAUUUCCAUGUUUGUGGCUCUUGUAUCACUGGAUACCAAGCGACAAGAGGACUCCCGGUUUGACAUCUGCUGUUGUGUCAAGACUAAGAGUGAAAAACCCAAGAAGAGAUCUAAGGGACUGUUGGUCUCAUUCAUGAAGAAGGUGUAUUGCCCCAUUAUACUCAACCCAUUCAGUCGGGUCAUAGUGAUGAUUUUGUUCAUUUUCCUGUUCUGCUGUGGGAUAUAUUUUAUGAUGCAUUCUCGUGUCGGUCUGAAUCAGGAGCUGUCUGUACCCUUGGAUUCCUAUGUGCUGGAGUAUUUAAACCAUCUCAACGACUAUUUUGAAGUUGGUGUUCCCACGUACUUUGUCGCCACGUCUGGAUAUAACUAUUCCACCACAGCUGGUAUAAACGGCAUCUGCUCCAGCGCAGGCUGCGACGUUAAUUCAAUGAUGCAGAAGAUACGGUAUGCCACAGAGGUUCCUGAUAGAUCUUAUUUGGCCAUCCCAGCAACCUCCUGGGUGGAUGACUUUGUGGACUGGCUGAACCCUGCAUCAGACUGCUGCAGACUGCUAUUAAAUGGGACAUUCUGCUCCUCCACCAGCACGGCUCCUGGGUGUAUAAGAAAGUGUAUGAGAAGUUCGUCUGGACCACUGAGACCGACCAUGGAAGAUUUUCAGCGUUAUUUACCAAUUUUUCUGGGAGACUAUCCAAAUCUGAAAUGUCCUAAAGGGGGUCUGGGUGCUUAUGAUACUGCUGUGAAAUUCAACGAUCAGGGAGAUAUUAUUGCGACGCGUUACAUGGCGUAUCAUUCUCCCUUAAAGAAUUCACUAGAGUACACAGCUGCCCUGAAAUACACCCGAGAGCUGGCAGCGGACAUCACAAAGUCUCUAAGACAGGUCAAUGGUACAGACCCUAAUUUGACUGUCUUCCCAUACACGAUCACGUAUGUGUUCUACGAGCAGUAUCUGAGCAUUGUACAAGAGGGGCUAUUCACACUGGCCCUCUGCCUGCUGCCCACCUUUGCUGUGUGCUGCAUCCUGCUGGGCAUGGACCUGCGCUCGGGCUUCAUUAACUUGUUGACCAUCUUCAUGAUCAUCAUAGACACUGUUGGCGUCAUGACUCUUUGGGGAAUUGAUUACAACGCCAUCUCGCUCAUCAAUCUGGUGACGGCCAUUGGAAUAUCAGUGGAGUUUGUCUCCCAUCUCACUCGCUCCUUUGCCAUGAGCAACAAACUUACCAAAGUGGAUCGAGCCAAAGAUGCCACAAUCUACAUGGGCAGUGCUGUGUUUGCUGGAGUAGCAAUGACCAACCUCCCAGGAAUCAUCGUUCUGGCAUUUGCCAAGGCUCAGCUAAUACAGAUUUUCUUCUUCCGACUAAAUCUGACGAUAACCCUGCUGGGACUUGUGCACGGCCUAGUUUUCCUGCCCGUCGCGCUCAGCUACUUUGGUCCUAGUGUGAACCGAGCAGUGUUACUGCAGCACCAGGAGAAAGAAGACAAGGAGAGAGAUAAAAAGGAAGAGAAUGGUGUAAAUGGGCACAGUAACUUUACCUUCCAGGAAGAAGAGAAAGUAACAAAGGGUCAGAGCAUACCUGAGGAGAAACUCAAAUCCUAAAGCCCUGUCCCUGCAGCACGGGAUUGCCUUAUGAACUAUCUGAAUGCUUCCAUGCAGCACAGAUUAGUGCACACAGUGGUGGCAAUGUGACACACACACACACACACACACACACACAGCAACACCAUAUGAGACCUCACAGUAACUGCUGCAUCUCAUACAUGAAUACAAGGACAAGAUGGACAUUAUGUAAACCAACAGAAAGGAUCAUAAACCACAGCAAUACCAUCAGAGAACAUAAGGGGAGGAAGCAGUUCAUUUCUUUUUUCUUUUCUUUUUUCCGGUUAAUAUUAUAAAGACAAAUAUUGUAUAAUAAAACAUUAUUUUUGCACCUUG